AUGGAUCAGGAAGAGGUCUUGAGUGCAAUCCCAGCACCGCACCUUACGGUGCUGGGGGAAACCUCGCAACACCCAACCUCAGAACGAUCCAUAUCAGCAUUUGAACGAAUGAUAACAACAAAUACGCCCAUCUUUGAAUCUCUACUUCUCCAACUUCCGACUGAUGCCAUAAUAAAACUGUACCACACCUCCAAAUUCCUCCGUACGUUCCUUCGAUCAUAUCCGACCGCAUGGAAGUCACUCUCGUUUCGAUUACAAUUUCCUUCGGGGACUCCUUUGAAUGCCUCGACCGACCCAAAUGUCCCUGAUCCAGCUCCUUUACGUCAGUCUCGACCUUAUGCGUUGGAUAUGUUCUUGAUGAACGUGGUCAUGCCGUUCAGCGGGUGUCUAAAGAGUCUGGAACUGGAUAACACGGCCAUCUCGGGUGAGAACCUUACGUCCACGGUGUUGCACGCCCGCCGCGAGACGCUUGAGCACCUCUCCGUGCGCGGUUGCAAAAAUGUUUCUCUCAAAUAUCACAUCGUUCCUUUCCUAACCAUGUUCGCGCUCCAGUGUGAUAUCGACAUGGAGAAGAAGACCACGAACUCUCUCGGGAUGAAGAAACUCGCUUUGAAAAGUAUCUACGCAUACAGAUGCCGACACCACAGGCGACGACCAUAUCUAUCUUCCUCAUUAAUGCGCAAGGACGCAGACGCGGAGUCGACACAUGAGCUCGUCAACAUCUGCCACAAGCUCAAAAUCUGGACCGAUACUGCAUGGUGCACUACUCCCGCAGGCAGAUGUGCACGUAGGGCCGGUUAUGUGAAGUCGAGAUUCCCCCACGGGGCAGGAUCCCCGGAAGUAUGGGUGGUCUUCGACAGGCUCUGGAGAUCCAAGAACUGGAUCGGGCCCGUUGAAGACGGCCCCACUCCUGAUGAACCUCAAAUACGCGAUGGAAAACUAUGGGAGAAUCGCGACACGGGAUGCUAUGGUGAGGCAUUAGGGACUGGUGAAGGCAUCGACUGGGGGGAAGGGAAAAUGAGACCUGCCCAUUUACGACAUAGCCACACCCAAUUUGUCGAUGGCAUUCGUUGUGACGAAUGUCUUGAGGACAUAUCCGAACGAUGCGAGCAUUGUAGUGUCUUGAUGCACUGCGUAGGAUGCCGCAAGACACUUUGUGCGAGCUGUGCCUACGAACGGCCAUAUCUUCAUCGACACACUCCCCCCUCGUCAGAAGCUAGUUCGAGUCCACCUGAUUCCUUCUGGUGGGCACCCGGGGCCACACACUCACCAGGGUCCAUGCAUGAUCCUGUGGACCCUCUGGCGAUAACAGACCCGAAUUUACUUCAAGGCCCAAUCUUGGAACCCCCUGAACUGAACUUUCACUGGUGUUGCACGAAGCCUGACCUCUCCGGGGGCGGUGGGAUCAGUAUAGGGCCUCGCAAUCGAGAAGUGGAUCAAGUUCGAGCUGUACCUUUGCCACGCGGCCAAGGCUGGGAAGACUUGGAGUACACGGUCAGUGAAUGGAGCAAGACAUUCCCAAAGUAUGCCUACGGCGACCCAAGCAAACCCGACUACUCGCUUGAGGUGGGUCAUCUGGCGAUGAUGAAAUGGCUGCUUGGGCCACCCAACCGACAGGUCUCACCGUGUCCGCGCAAUUUGUGUCAAAAGUGUUAUGAGUCUCCACAGUGGAAGGUACACUGCAAGAGCUGUUCCAAGCCUCUUUGCAUUGAGCAUGACCUUCGUGGACUUCGCUUGCGAAUCUGUGGCUACCGUGACCUUGAGAUUGAAAAGCAGACCAUUCAAAAUCGUUUUGCUGCCCAUCUGUCCGAGUCCCCUGGCUCCCAUGGGCUCUCCGGAUACGACCUUCCGUUCCGCAGCAAACAGCUCCUCGAUUCAGCAAACAAAAGUCUCACCCCCGAUAUGCGCCAAGAUAGCUUUGAUCAGCAACAUACUCCUGAGUCACAGCUGGGUGAUCAGUCGGCCCCUGCCUCCUUCUUUUCCAAUCAACAUUCACGCUCGUAUUCAGCCCCCACGUCGACCCAGUCAUCACCGCCGUCAUCCUCCUCUUCCGACUACUUUGAACCCCCACAAUUCGAACCUCCGAGAUGGCAGGGCUGCCAAUCCUUCUUCUGCCCACCGAGCGAUCCGAUCAUCUCGGUCAGGGAUGUCAGAGGCAGCAUCAGGGAUAGGGACGCACGUGCUCGAUGCUCCAGUUUUCUGCGUGAAUGCAAAGGCUGCAAGGUUUACGUCUGCGCCGACUGCAUCAACGCCCAUCCACCCUGCAAAUGCUCGUAUUGCGAAGAAAACUACAUGUGCCCCAACUGCAUGAUGGAUCGGCCCCGUGACGACCAGUGCCGUCGUCGCCAGGAUGAAAAGGCACGGCGUGAGCGCAAGUGGAAAAAGGACAUGCAGAUCCUUGAAGGCAUAUUAGAACUCAAGCUGGCUAAUGAGCUGGCCGAGUUUGCCGGCGAGUUCUUUGGCCUCGUCGAGCGACAUGAUCAUCCACCCUCGGGGACCCUCACCCCCUUUGACGAUAUCACCGAUCUCUUCGAGGGAGACGUCGAUGCAGCGGGAUCAUCCGCCUCCCAUUUGGAGCCUGAUGAAGUUGACUGGCUGAUUCAAGCUUCUCAAGAGUCCGAGGCCUCUCGUCAGCUCUGA